GGGCGGGCGUUGUCAGACGGAGCCAAGCCCACAGGACGUGCAGUCAGUCCGCUGCUAACAGCUAACCAGCUCAGUCUCUGGAGUUAGCCCGACAGCUAGCCAUGAGCUAACGAGCAGCUAGCACUGUCUUUUCAUUUUGCCACCAUAUAUCAACCUUUUAACAAACACGGAGUCGGGGUGGAUAUCGUUUGAGUUACUGGUAGGUGAAAUUUUUACCUCAUGCCCUGCUGUAAUGACUGUCCCCGUUGGCUAUGUCUGCUCUUUUAUCUCCUCGCAUCAUUUUUAGUUGUGAUUAGCUGCUCGUUAUCGCUUUGCUAGCCUUUUUUGCCUUGUCCACCCUCGGAUGCUAGCGAGGGAGGGUGUCUGUUGUUGGCAGGGGUCGAACGAACAUCUGUUGCGAGGAUUUUGAUUUUGAGGAUUUGUGUUUUAAGCGUGUUCUGGGCCAGAAUAAACUCCCACCGACGUUAAUUAUCGGUCAGGUGACAUUAACGUGUCCGGUGGGUUGGUUAGCUUAUUAGCUACGUCGCCCACUGUUUUCAACCUGCUAGCUAUUUCACCUGUCAACGGCUAACUUGUUAAUGAUUUAUCAUGUUAAUUACGGUUUCUUUGGCUGUAACAUGCGAUUCUAGCUGUCUUUAUAAUGUAAUACCAGGCUGUGAAUGUCACUGAAGUGUAGCCCAUUAUUAGUAUUCCUAACGUGCAACUGAUUGUAAUGUUGGAGCCUCCAAUUUGAUGAGGCACUUGUUCAGCUGGUAGGAUGACACACCUGAUUACAGUCCCACCUUAACAUGAAGUCACUUUCUAACUUAAACACUUGUUAUUGUCACUCAAUAUCUAUCUACUGUUUGUGCUUUACAAGAGGAAAAUCUAAAGGUCUCUUGAAGGCAAUAUUGUCUAACUCUGUAAAUAUUUUCUAAGGGCUUGUGCUUUUUUAACUCAUAAUCUAACACAUGACCCUGAUAUACUUACAUAAAAAAACACACCUUUAAUGGAUCCAUGCCAGGGGUGUGUCAGUGUCAAGACUCUUGAUUGUGCUGGCUAAACUGAGACAUUAGGCAUAAAGUGUGCGCACACGUGACUGUAUGUUAUCUGUAUCCACUGAUGAUAUCUACCCUAACCACCAACAUUAAUGUGUAAGGAUGGGAACGGGGAACAGGUUCUUGUUGAGAACCGGUUCCAAAUGGUUCAGUUAGGGCUGGGCAAUAUGGACCAAAAGUCAUAUCCCGAUAUAUUUAGGCUGAAUAUCGAUAUACGAUAUCCCGAUAUUGUUAUUGCUUAGUGAGAGCAAAUGUUUAGUCACAGUCAAAGCCAAAUAUGACUUGUCAUAGGACGGGGCGAUUAUAUGAUCGUGAUCGAUGAGGGCAGCAAAAUAGAUGUCAACCAUGACUUUUAGUCGUCCUCUAAAGAUGUUGUUAUUGUUGAGAGAUUGUUCAAUGUCGAUUGUGUCGCGGUGGUUCGGGUAUCUCCAAAGUGACGUCGAGCAAUUAAGGUAUUUCGGCGGUCGGUGCUCUCAAAAACUGGCAACGUAAUAGAUUUUGAAAGUGACUCUGUCCCACAUAAUAGUGUCCUCUUUUUGGGAAUCCAGUAUAUGGUCACACUAAUUUGGCUUAAUACCGAUCAAAGUAAAUUCUGUACAAAUGGCCUUUUUUGUUUGAUUAUUUUUAGACUCUCUCUGAAGGUGGCCUUCAUCUUUUUCUGUUGUCAGAGACUCAAUAAAAUUUUGGAUUUUGGAUUUGCAAUUUGAGACUACCAUGUUACCUCAAUCAUGUAUGUCAGCUAUUGUAAUCUGACCACAAUUUGUGGUAAACUGCCAAUACCUGAGUGACUUAGCAAUACUCGUCCUGCACUUGUGAAAGUAUGUACCUGUGAGUGUGCACUUGUUGAAAAUACCCACUUGUAAUUACACAGUUGAAGUGUGUACUUGUAACUUGUACAAAAGUGAACUUGUAAAUGUAUAUUUUUUUUACGAGUGAGCAUGCAUUUGUAUCUGUUUGAGCAUGUACUUCCUGCAGUAUGUGCUUGUUUAAGAACACUUAAUUUAGUAUAAACUUGUUGAAGUAACUUAAGUACGAAAAUUGUUUUUGUAGAUUAUUUCUUUUUUGUAAUCAUGCUUCUUGGCAAUAAAUCUAAUACUGUUGGAAAGCCUGUUUAAUGCCCUUUUAAAUGGUGCCACAUUUGUAACAAACAUAAUUUUGUGGGGCGAGCUGAGUAUGUGGGUUGUGCCGAUGAAAAGUUGCUAAAUCUUUUCUGCCAAUGCCAAACAGCUUAUUCUGCCUUUGACUUUUGUUUAGUGCUUUUUUUUCCCCAGUAGAUUAGAUGAUUAAAUUCUGAAGGAAUAAGAGUAAACAGGAGCCUCUGUAGUUUGUAGAAGAACCCUACAGAGCUCCACACAAUCACACUGCCUCCACCAAAAGAUGUUACUCUAUUGAUGCGUCAAACAGCAUAGUAAUCUCCAUGUCUUUGCCACACUUCAACUCUAUGAUCCUGUGUCAGUCAGGCACCUGAUUGCUGCUCAUCCCAUAAAUACAUAUUCCCUACAAAUGAAAAAGGAAAAUAAACAGGCUUUCCAACAGUGUAAGAUUUAUUGCAAAGAAGCAUUAUUACAACAAAGAAAUUAUCUACCAAACACAAAUUGAUUCACUUUUUGUGGCAAGAGCUGAUUAUUCGAACAAAACCCCUGUCUCUGGCAUUGCCUAAAGCCAGUUAUAGUGUAGGUUGCAUCUCGGGUGGAUUAUCAGAAUCCGCUGAGAGGAAGUGCCAUCAUUCUCCUGUUGACACACCCUUGCUUACAAUGACUUUUUAAAUGGUCAAGUCAAAGGACAUUUCCUUUGGCAGUAGAUUGUAACAUCGCUUUUAAGCGCACAGACCCCUUUUUGUUAAUUUGUAUAUAGACCUAUUGGCUGCCUUCCCAUCUUUAUCCCUUAUUCCCAGUGGGCUGUGAUCAGAAAAAGCAUUAACACACUCUUAAGGACUUCAUGGUCUUCCCAUACUCCCCUUGAGCAGUGUGGUUUGGGGAAAUGACUUCCAAAUAGCUUUGGCAUAUGUCACACUUUAUUCGUUCCUGUCAAAAGUUUGGAAAAUACUGCCAGAUGCUUUAAAAACAGGUCGUAUUUCUUUGCUCAAUGGCUUUAACAGGUUUGUCAUGUGAAAGUGGAUUUUGACUAUUUGUUUGACAUGGUGUACACAAGUGAAGUUCGUGUUUGCAUACGUCGUGUACCUUGUUUGCUUUCCUUCAAGCGUGCCAGAGGCACUAGUUUCCCAUGGGUUGUAGCUGUCUGACACAUCCAGCAUGUAUAUGUUGGCUCUAAAAACAGCAUUAAAGAGUAUUGCAGUCAUUGGGUGCUUCUCAUUUCGCUUGAUGCUGAUCUGGAAAAUUGACUGUGCAGCAGAUUUCAAAGGAGACUGUUUUCAGCUCGCGCUUUUAUGUGCAGGCAGAUGUCGAAAUGGAGGAACGUUUGAAUAAAGAGUUACAGGAGGAGGAUUUGCUUUGAACCAACAAAGUCAUCUCUGCUUGUUGUAUUUGUGGGAUGAGAAAUUGUCACAGCACUUGGGCAGCUGGAUUAUGUUUUGACACUAUGCCAAAGUUCAAUUUCACAAGGAACAUGCGAACAUUUAGUGUAGUGUUUCUCCGGACCUCUAGGCGGCAGUGUUGUUACCUGAGCCAACAGCUGCUAAGAGUAAAUCAUGCAUUGCAGGUGUGAACAGAUACAGACUCUAAAGUCUCAACCUAUUUUUAGUAUCAUAUCAUAUAUCAUUAGAUUGCAUUACUGUAUAUCGAAACCUGUAUUGCGUUUUGUAUCAUAUUGCAUGAUUCUUGCCAGCAGCACUCAGCUCUUUAUUCUGUGGUACGAGGGAGGAUUAGGGCCACAUUGUGGAUGAAUUUACUUUUUGAAAAUUAAGUUGUAAAUUUACAAGAAUAAUGUAAAAUAAUGAGGAAAAACUUCAAUAUAAAUAAACACACAAAAGGACAGGAUAGAAAGUGGAAAUUCCUAGUAAUGAGUAAAAAACGAGUCAUUAAUUUAAAUGAAAUAAACUUGAGAUGAAUUAGAGCUCCAAUGAUUUUGUCUUAUCUUGUCUUCUACAUGUUUAAGUUGUCACUUUUAACAAAUUCACAUCUCAUACUGUUAAAUUUGACAGUCAGAUCUAUUGUUUGUUUUGAAUAUUUCACAUGAAACUUGUAAAAAUAGGCCUGUUUCUCCUGCUGUCUGGUUGACAUCUACCUCCCUGCACACAGUUCCUGAAAAUUACAUUAGAAAAACCCUCAGUCUUGUCAUGUGUCACCAUGUCUGCUAUUGGGCAUCAUCAUAGGGCGUCAGUAUAACUCAAUUUAUUUAAAGUUUAUUCAAGUUAAUCCAAGACUUUUAAAAAAUUACAUUUUAUUUUUAUGUAUGACUUGAAUCUCAUGGAGCUUUAACAAGGUCAAAGUUGUACACCCACAAUGUACAAUGUCAUUAAGCAGACACAUCUACAAGAAUAAAGUUAUAGUUUAAUGAAACAGAAGUUGUAGAUAACUCUUGUGUUUGCUCAUUGUGUGAAAAAACACAGGGAUGUCAGAAGGUCAGCCAGCUGUCUCAGAAUGAGGGACGUGGAUCAUGUGAAGUUUGACUCAACAGCUGAGGACGAGCACACAGGCUGCUUUUCCUCAUAACAGACAUUUUUUGCCUAAUCUGCUCAGAAUCCUUAGACAAUAUGCUGCUGUUGUGCGAAAUGAUCAAAUCUUUAGUUAUGUCUGAAACCUGAAGUUAUAGUCUUAAAGCAGAACCUCACAAGCUUCAUUAUGAAGCUGUUUCCAAUUCAGCCAGCGCCAGAGGUUCAUUUCUUAGUUUUAUAUUGCUGCAAUCUUAACCAGAUACAUAAAAUAAUCCCCGGCUCUUCAUUUGUAGUCUGAAGGCAGUUCCUCCUGAUUUUAUUUUACGACCAUGAGACACAAUGAUGGCUUUGCAAUCUAGCUGCAGUAAUAGAACCUGGAGACUCGGAAAUGAUGAUAAAACAUCUGAAAAUUUCUCCCGUCUUUUCUAUUCCCGUUCUCCCCAGGACUUCACGGUCUUCAUUUCACAGUCCUUUCCUCCAUCUCCAGCUCCACUUUGAACUCUCUCACCUUUGACUCUCGGAUACCCCGCCGCACAGAGCCAUGGCAGCUGCGAAGCCGAAAGGGCAGAACUGUCUAGCCCUUCACAAAGUGAUCAUGGUGGGCAGUGGAGGUGUGGGGAAGUCGGCCCUCACUCUCCAGUUCAUGUAUGAUGAGGUGAGUGAAAAACAUCCCAGCAGUCGAGUCAACUUCUCAAAUUUUAGCCACAGUUUUUGCCAUUAACUCUCCUUUUUUUUUUCUCUCCCUUUAGUUUGUGGAAGACUACGAACCCACCAAAGCUGACAGCUACAGGAAGAAAGUGGUGCUGGACGGAGAGGAGGUUCAGAUCGACAUCCUCGACACAGCCGGGCAGGAGGACUACGCAGCCAUCCGGGAUAACUACUUCCGCAGUGGCGAGGGUUUUCUCUGCGUGUUUUCCAUCACAGAACUGGAAUCGUUCGCAGCAACAGUAGACUUCAGGUCUGGUAUCGCUUCACUGACACUCAUCAUCAGGGGUUAAUGAGAGCAGCUUCCCCUCCUGCUAAAACGCCAUAUCAAUGCAUGCUGUUUCCAGAAGCCAACUGUGUUUUCUUCAUUUCCACCACUUCAACAUCGCUCUAACCUUCAGUACCAGUGCAGUACUUUGUUUGCAUAAUUCAUGGCUGAUUGACAUUUCCGGCAUUGCAGAGAGCAGAUCCUGCGAGUGAAGGAGGACGAGAACGUGCCCUUUCUCUUGGUCGGCAACAAGUCGGACUUGGACGACCGACGGCAGGUCAGCGCGGACGAGGCGAAGGCACGUGCCGAGCAGUGGGGCGUGUGUUAUGUGGAGACCUCUGCCAAAACCCGUGCCAAUGUCGACAAGGUAAGUUUGACUAGAUUAAAGGAGGCAUUCCCUGGCAGCGGUACGGCCGGCUAUUACUGUAAGAGCAUAACCGGAGCAAAUCCAAGCGCAACCAGCAAGUAUUCGAGUGCGAGGCUGAGGUUUGAAAGGAAAAUAUAGGGGAGGACAUAAAAUCAAAUAAAACACCACUUUCUGGACCUUUCUGUUGUAGAUCUAUUACCCAAUGUGCCUCAAUACCACUCUGGAAAAAGUCAACUGAGGCUGUUCUUCAAAAAUCUGUCUACCAUUACAGUUACUGAAUAUUAUUAUACAUAAUCUGUUCAUUCUACCAUGACUGUCACAAACUUCCUGUUAAAACCAGCUCAUGCAAAGCUUUUCUUCUCAACUGAAUGUUUUUAAAAGCUCUCAUAAAGAGCGCUUGUUGUGUAUGGAUUUAAGCGCCUCCCUGUGGACAAAGUAAUCCCUGACUAAUACCUGAUACUGAGAGUCUGGGGAAGUCUUAAUACCAAAGGGAUAAGGCUGAAAACCCAGACUGUAUGGCCAUGAUCUUUGGCCAUGACACAAACCAUCGUCAUAUGAGAAAUCCGACGCUAUGACUCUCCACGAGUUGUCCUUCAGGUCGUUGUCUUUGUAAUGUUUGUGUCUUUUAUCAAAAAGCACUCUGUUCUCCGACACGUAAACAAGCAGCCGGCAAAUCUGACCCCGCAACAACACAAAAUCUGAUUGGUCAGAGGUGGACACACAGUAUGCGAAACUUUAGAAAAGUCGACCGUGAUACGAAAAAACAAAUGUCGCAAUAUCGCAGAACGGGAAAACGUCGCUGAUGUGAACGCUUGUAUUGACAGGAUACGGGUUUGAAAAUAAAUACUGACGUCCGAAAUAGUCGCACGAAAAAAAACUUAAAUCUCACUUUUUUCUUGUUUUCGAACAGGUGUUCUUUGACCUGAUGAGAGAGAUCCGGGCGAGGAAAAUGGAGGACAGCAAAGAGAAGAACGGGAAGAAGAAGAGCAAAAGUCUGGCCAAGAGAAUCCGAGAGCGAUGCUGUAUUUUAUAGUGGUAACAGAGAGCAGGGCAGCUGCUUAUGUACAUAUACAUUUCUCAGACUUUUGCAUUUAUUUUGUGCCGAUAACCUGACCAUGACUCUCUCAUGUCUCUGGCUAACAGGACAUCUGACCGUGCGUCGGGGAGUAGUAAGGUGGCACUCCAUACACCAUUUAUAGCUCUAACUUUUUAUGUGCUGACACUCCAAAUAAUUUAUGUACUCUCUCUCUCUCUCUCUCUCUCUCUCUCUCUCUCUCUCUCUCUCUCUCUCUCUCUCUCUCUCUUACUCUCUCUCUCUCUCUCUCUCUCUCUCUGACCACAUUACAGAGUGUAAUAAAUGGAUGGUGUUUAUUUAGGCCUAAGCUUGACAAAGAGGCUAAGCCCUGAAACGUUAAAAAAAAACCUUUCAUUGUAAAGUUUGAUGUGUAUAAUAUAUUCAGACAACUGUGCAGUUCAAAAGAAAAGGAAAAAGAAUUGAAAGUGUCAGAGCCAAGGCUUCAACAGGGAACUGGAUUGUGGGUAAAAAAAAAAAAGAGAAGAACGCUAACUUGACUCCGUGUCAACCCUGAAUUCAUCAAGUGCCACGAGGAAAUGUACACUGCACUGGUGAAUCUAUGAAGCAUUUUAAUCGUGAGAUCUAAAUUUCAUGCCAUUCCUAAAUGUUGUUUUACUCUCCACUUUUAACAAGAAUGAUCAUUAAGUUAAUUUAAUCUGUAAGAUUUUUCUUUCACUUUCUCUCUGUAAAAUAAGCGCAACGUCUGUUUUUCGUUCCCCUUCGCAUCACUUUUCGUCGAGUCUCCUAAAAAUGCACAAACGGCGAUGAUUCCCCUUGAAUUAGUGAGGGAUUUUACAACACUUGAACUUUCUCGGAUUGAAACAUUUCAGAAGUUUUACCUCACUCGGCUAAUGACUCUCAUUGCCUUUUUUAUUUCUGCGGUAGAGGAAUCCCUGGUGCUCUGAUAAGAGGCGAUUCCACGACACUACACCCUUUACAUGCUGUCUGUAAAGUUGAUUAGACAAACCGCUUCCAGCCAUGUAAAGAUUUCUUUUGCCAAUUUCACUUUUUCUGAUCUAGACUUUUAAUCACUAAAACUUCUUUUUUUUUUAUUUCUGAGUAGGGAUACAUCGAUGGAUAGAUAAACUGAAAGACAUCAACUUAAAAAAAAGGACUGCAGGCUCAAUAGAAGUGAGGUGGUACCUGUCCAAAAAUGUUGCUCUCAGUCACCAAAGAAAAAUGCUAGCUAGCACAACCAAGUGCCCACUUAAUAAUGGAAGUAAAUGACAACUUGAUAUAGUGAGCAUCAAAAGAAAGCACCUGGUGUUAGUGUGCAGACUAUCUUUGUCGAAGAGAUGGUGGCAAAGGUUGAGGAAUUAAUUCAGUUUUCGAAGGCCUGGGAAGGUAACGCAACAUUUACGAAGGAUUUACUAAUUCAUGUACAGUGCAUCACUGUUGCCUCUCUGUCCAUUGUGAAUGUGAAUACCCCUCCUCCCCUCCUCUAAUUCCCAUCCUGUUUGCCUGUAAUCUUAGGCUGCCAAUGAUGUGUAGAGUUUGCAGGGUUGCUGACUUUCUGCUAUGUUUACUUUUAUUACAUUUUUAAGGCCGUAAUGACGAAGUCGUUCACCACCUUUUAUAUGUUUAUUUGAUUUCCCUCGUAUGAAAAACAAGAAAAGAUGGAAGCAGUGGAAAACAAAAUUUGGCAAAAUGUCAUGAAUUAAGACCAAAACACACUGUGAAAUCUGCCCCUCUAUUUCUGACUGAGCCACUCUUUACUUUUCACCCUUGAAACUUUUAACUUAUUUCUAAGAGCUCAUUUUGUUCUCGUCAAAGUCUAACAGUAAUCAAGAGGUUGUCGACACAUUUCCUUUUUACCUGGUUUUAGUCGUUAUAUUAACUCUAAAGGAUUUCCUCAACCAACAGGAUGCCCAACACUGGAGUCUAUGCAAAAGUCAAAGUAAUUGCAAAGAAGAGAAGACGUGAAACAGUUGAAGAAACUGUCUUAAUAUAAGGCUGACAGUGUCUUCAAAUAAGACUGAGUGAAAUAGAAACAUUUUAGCUGUUAAGAAACCCCAAUGUCAUUUCAAAGUGAUUUCUGUCUUUAGACUUCAGUCAAACAUGAACCCUAAAUUCCUCCACUGAUUUCUUUCUGUAUUACAUAGACUGAACAAAGAGGUGGAUGUAGCCAUUUUGAUGUCACUCACUGUUUUUAGCCUCAUUUUUAAAGCUCUUAUUUCCACUCACCAUCAUUCUUUAUAAACCAGAAGUGACCAUAUUUGGACAUCAGGGUUGAUACACACUGAUAGACAGACCACAGCAGGAGCCAUUUGUCAAUCGCAGGUAGCCCCUCCCUGAAACACAGCACAAAAACUCAAAACUAAGCAAUGUUUUUGUUUCAUUCGACAUGAGGUGUCCAUACAGAAAACUGUAUUUUUAUUAGCAAAGAUUUGUCAUGAGUGUUAAGAAACAACAAAAUUAAAAUGAGAAUAUCAGCAAAGAUAUAAGAGGGAUCACUUUGCCCACAGGGGGCACCAAUAGCAACACAAACUAAGAGUUACUUAUAGGAGCUUUAAGUUUCUUAAAUUGAGAAUAAUGUAAAAAAAAAAAGUUGAAAAUUUAACUGACCUUAAUGCCAUUUUUUUUUUUUUUACUCAGAAGUAAUUUAGGCUUUACUUUUGGCUUGUAAUAUCCUGAAAUAAGACGUAGAUUAGGAUUUAUCAGGCUUUUGUGAAUCAUUUUUGUGAGAAAUCAUACAAACACUCAUAGUUUUGAGUUUUUGCAGCACAUACCCUGCUUUGUUGUCACUUUAACUGUAAAUGGCUACCUUUUUUUCCCCCCCAACUGAAGUGUAAUGCUAUGUUGAAGCUGACUGGAAAUUAGAGCGUGAGACCAAGAACAUAUGGGGAACAUGAUAAAAUGGGGAAAUUACUCACCUAAAAAUUUGGGUAAUUUCCCAUCUGGUUUCACAGAAACAUGCUUCUUUUUGCUGAGUCUCCUCCUGCUGGCCGUAAGAAAUACUGCAGCAUUUACUUCACUCUUGCAAUCAGAGGCUUCAUCCACUUUCUUUUUCAGUAGCAAGAUUCUGACACAGCUCGUUGAGCAGACAGGAAAGCAGGAGAAUGUCUGAGGCACUUCUUUUCAACUGAAAAGCACACUGUCAAUGUGGCAAACUCUUUACUGUUGCUGCUUGAUGGCAUCAGAAAGCUCGGAAGGUUGUUUUAAGUUGAUAUUUUUUAAGGGCUAACCUCCAGUACACUACAUUACACUACACCGUGACCGAAACACCCCUGAGAGUUCAAAGGACAGGCGGAGAAAACUGACACACAGUCUUAAGCCUAUGACCAUAACAUUAACCCCUUUGUGUCCUCAUUGUUGACGACUGCAGAAGCUACUAUACUUAAAGUGACCACCGUAGUGCUUGCUUUCUCUAACAUUGGCUUAACACAGUCUAACUCUUGUUUGGAUGCUUUUUUGAAAGCAGAUACUUUCAUUAUAACUCUCCUUUCUUUGUCUUCAUGUAUAGUUUUAAUAGACUUGAUGGCCCAUAUAUUUUCAGAGGGAUUGAGACGUGAUACCGAAACAGAUAUUUGUGUGAAAGCUAUGAGCGAAAACUGUCCUACUGGGUAUUCAAAGAACUUGUUUUGCCUUUUUAUAUAAAUACCCUUGGAUUAAAAACUAGAUAUAUAAAUGUCUCUUGAUCGGAUGGUUGUAUGUAUGCCAUCAAUUCAAUGUUUCCUUCAUGUUUACUUACUUUGAACAUAACCACUAAUGUAGCCUAUCUGUUUGUGAAUGCAAGAGGUGAAGCUUACAUUUCAAUUCAUUUUUUGUGAGUUCUUUGGAAAUGGCAAAUAAAGUGGAUAUUACUAAUAACACCUUC